ACCGCCCGUUGGGAUUAGGGGUGUGCGGGCGGCUCGUCCCGCCCCUGCCUCUGAGUGACAGGACCGUGGACAGCAACAUUUCCAGCUAGACACGAAGUUUGUCGGCCUUUGCCUUGGCUGAGCUGAGGUAUUUGAAGUCUAUAUCUCAGAGGGAUGAUCUGAACAUACUCUUCAUUAUAGAGGAAAUAAGAAAAAGCAACCAAGAGCAUUGUUAUUGGUAUCUGGAAUUGAAUUUGCCAGGAAUGCAAGCGCAGCUUCCUCAGUAAAGAUCUUGCCUUUGGAAACAUCUUACCCCUUGGCAGCUCUCCAGAGUUCAGACUUGGCAGCAUCAAGGACACAACACAAGGGGCAAAUAGCAAAUUACUGACAAUAAUCAUUCUCUUUUGGAAAUAUCUUCUAGAGGACCUGAUUCAGAGGGAAAUAACUCAAUCAAAAUUAAUAUAAGAAACAAUAGCUAUCAUUCUGUUGGAUACCUUUGUUAAUUGAGUCUUAGAGUUGUACUGAAGAACAUUGAUCAUAUGGAUGUGUUGCUUUUCAAAUCAGGCAUUUUGGAGAUCAAAGAUGGGUAGAAAAGAUGCCUCUACUAUAAAACUUCCUGUUGAUCAGUACAGAAAGCAAAUUGGUAAACAAGAUUAUAAAAAAACCAAACCUAUUUUACGAGCAACCAAAUUAAAAGCAGAAGCAAAGAAAACAGCAAUAGGGAUAAAGGAAGUUGGCCUCGUACUAGCAGCUAUAUUGGCCCUCCUACUGGCUUUCUAUGCUUUCUUUUAUCUCAGACUGUCCACAGACGUUGACCCUGAUCUGGAACGAGAUGAAGAUUAGCUGAACAGCAAUCAAUGCAUUAAAGGGAAAUAAUUUUAUAAAAGCAUCCCUUGGGACCAACACUUUCUAAAGUACUGAAACUGGAACAUUUUGAAUUCUUUCUGCUGGUAUUUUCAGUUUUGAGAAAUAUCUUUUUAAAUAGCUGCAUAGGAUAUCAAAAAAAGAACCUUACCUAGCAAUGUAGUAUAAUGUAUGCUACUGGAUACUUUUAUAAAUCUUUCUACUUUGACAGGCAACCUAUUCAUGGUGCAUUUAGAUUAAAUGGAAAACAGAUCCUAAAUUCUUCGGAUGUCUUAGCCAAUUUAUGUGUAUAACUCCGUCACUUCAGAUUACUAAAUCUAUUUUUGUUCCGUAUACAUCGUAAGUAAAAGUAUAUAUCCUCAUUUACAGAAACAUUCUCAAAUCACAUUCAGAGCCUAAGAAGGAAUGAAAAGUCAUGGGAAAUUUUUCAUUUUACAAAGAAGCCCUGCUUUCUUUCCAGACAUAUUUUAUAUCAUUAGAGAGACUAUCUGCCAUACAUCUACAGUAAUCUUUUUCCUUCUUUGCCAACUGUUCAGCGCACAUGUGCUCCAUCAGAAAUGGCACCUGGAUGACAGAAGCUCAAAGAGUCACAUAUGUCUGUAAAAUAGAGUUCCUUUCCUCUUGGGCUGUCUGAACUGGUGUAAAUAGAAAGUUCAGUUGAUCUUGAUUUUAAUUAACUUAUUAUUGUAUUAAUAUAAACUUGGAAUUCUAUUUUAAUUAUGUUGUUCAGGCUGCUUGCAGUAUCAGUUUGCCCUUCUUGUUAGGGAGGUAUGUAACAAUUUGUCAUUUACUUGUGCAGUUUUUUUUUUUUUUGUUUUUCCACACAACAGUAACGGAAGUCCUACCUACUCAGAAUAAUUUUCUUGGAUUGCCUCCUAAACCUAAACAAUACAAAGUUGGUUUACAAAAUUACAUUUUGUCUCUUGAGAGUUACUCAAUUAUAACUGUUUUGUGAAAAAUAAAUAAUAGAUGAAAAUACAGGUCUCACAUUACUUGCAUUUCUAAUUUUUUUGUUUAUUUAAGUUUUUAAGAUAUUUUGCAUUUGUUGGAGUAUAACAAUCAAUAUAUUCAAUAUUUUUACCAGUAAUGGAUUUUUUAAAAAUAUUUUUAGAACAUAUGAAUACAUAAGCUUAGAAAAUGGGAAAAUAUGUGUCCACAUCAGAGUUGUUAGCUACUAUCUUAUAUAAAGAAGUAUAAAAAAUUAAUAGUUAGAAACAAAUGCACAAAGUGCUUUAUAUCAUAUACAUUGCAUUUAUGAAGAGCAAAUAAAAUGUAAAGAUUGCUUCCAUAUUUUUCCAGAGAAGAAAGCUUUGAUGAAUACACUCAAUGUUCUGUGAGACUUUUGCAAAUAGUUGAAUAUGACUGUGUAGCUUUAUGUUCUGUAGAAUUUUUCCAAGUAGCAUAAUUUAUUUCAUCAAUGUGAAAACAGCCCAAAGUUCCCGUAUCCUCACAGAUCAUUUAUGCCAAACAUCUGAGGGCAAAAUUUAGCCAGUGUUAUUUACUGGAUUCUACCCCUUGAAAUCACAAACUCAUGAGACAGACCAAGAGUUCUUAUACACUCACCACAGCAGACCAAUCCAAGUGGCAUUUUUAGGAAAGGUUGCAGCAUUUAAUGCCAUGUGGUAUGUCUGUUCGUGAAGUGGGUGGCAAGGGAAUAUCCAAGCUGGCAUUUUGGAUAUGAUGGGCCUUUUCCUUUCCUGAGUGACAUGCCACAUGUCAAGAAAUACUGCUUUUCCCCCACUCCUAUCACAUUUACGUGAACAAUUUUCAUUUAGUUACUUUACCUCCCAUAUGGUGUUAAAAACAGUCAUAUUAAAUAAAGAUUAUUUCUAAUUUCAGUAGUAAUUUAAAUGAGAAGAUAUGUAAUAAUUGUUUAUUAGAUACCUAUCCAAGUGAAAUAUAACAGAAUUUAUAGUAUUUAAAAUAGAUGAGUAUUCUCUUGGAAAUGUCUGAAAAUUCAUUACCCUGAGAAAAAAUAUUACUGUUCCCUUCUGUUCUUGAGGUAUUUCUCUUGAGGAGAAAGGUUGUUUCUGAUAGUAGUAAGUAUUAAUCUAUACAUAGUAUAAUUAUAAGCUAGUUUGAUUACCUCAUUUUAUCAAUACCUUCAGUAUCUGGCUAGUCCAUUUGUGUAAAUAACUUAUGGUGGCUCCAGAGAACCAUAAGUCCCAAAGGUCCAACUCUGAUUUUAAUAAAUUCUGGGUAAACUGAGACAAUAUAUGUUUAUACAACACUGUUUCCAUGAAAUGCAAAUUUUUCAAAUUCACAUUAACUGGGAAGCGGCCUGUAGAGAAAUUCCAGACUGAAAUCUGGUUUGAAUCUUUGAAGCUAGAGAGAUGAUAUCUGGACUACAUUUUCAGGGGACCACACUUCUAAAUAGUGUUUGGCAUAUAUCUAAGACUAGCACCAGACACAAAUUUUAGGCGUGGGUUUUUCUCCUCCAAUAAUUCACUGCUCAGAGUAAUUCAGAAGACAAAAACAGAAAAAGUAUAAUGACUUUUCAGAAUGUUAGAAUUUAUUUGCUAACUAUACUCUGCAGGCUAAAUUUCAGCUAAUGCAGCAGACUUUACAUACAACCUGUGGAAUACUGUGAAUGAAGCUUGAAGAGUUGCUGGUUCUUAUUUUGAAUGCAAAAUAAAUAUUGAUUUAUUGAGAGGAGAUAUUGUAAAACUAUAACCUCAUGCAGGAUUUCUUUUAAAACAAAUGAACAAAAAGCCUAUCAUUGUGCCACUAUAGAGUUUGUUGUUUUAAGGUGACAAGUACUUGAAGAUUUUCUGUCUUUUCAAUUUUUCCAAAAUACUUCUAUCCAAACAAUGAUAGCAAGAUCAUGAAAGUAUGCUCUUAUUCAUUUAUGUAAUUCCAGUAGUGUAGUGAUCUGCACAUAUUUAAUAAGUGCAUGUCAAAAUUUAAGUUAAUUUCUUUUAGUAUUCUCAGAGUCUGGUACAGUUGCUGCAUGUAACAGAUGAUCAAAAAUUAUUUGCGUUUAAUAAAUAAAACUUAGAAAUCACUAUAUUGAUGAACUCAACAUUUAGCAUUUAUGAUCAUUGAAUGUCCUGGGACAAAUAUAUGUUAAAUCCUGUUCCUUUUUAAGAUCAAGACAACUAGUGUUAAAUUUACUGUAGAACAGAAACAUUGCUGUUUUCUGGGUAAUCAAAUAUGUUAUUUUUAUCUUAGUAUUGUUGAAAACCACAUUCAGUGUUUUUAAUUUAACUUAUUAUACAUCCUCACUCCCAACAACAAAAAAAAACACUAAAUUUUCAUUAUUAUGCUUACAUUUAUGUGAAUACUAAAGCACUAUAUUUUCCAUAUUCUAAAAUGAUAUAGUUGGUGAUAAUUCAGUAGAGUAAGUUUUGAUUUAUUUAGAUGGGCUUCAGAAAUAAAAUUUCCAGAAAUUAAACUUAGAGAAUUUUCAUGUAUUUCAUCCCUAAUGUAAGGUUGUUGAGCCAGAGACUAGACUAUCUAAAGUAUGUACACUUACCUUGGGAUUCUCUGGGGAGAUUCCUACCAUUUCAGCCUUAGCGGCACUGCCUUCCUUUAUUAGAAUUGCUCCGAUGUAGCCAGGAUAGAAUGUAUGUUUGCUAGAUUUUGUUUCAUUGACAUCAUAUCAAGAAUCAGUGCAACCCACAGUAAAAAAAAAAAAAAAAAAAAAA